GGAGGGGGCGGGGGGGGAGGAAAAAAAUAAAUAAAAUCGAGGGAAAAAGAAAAAAACCAAACGGGCAGGUCCAGUCUGCCCGAGCGGCGCCGGAGCGAGGCGGCUGGCAGGCAGCGCGGAGCUGCCGCUUGCACCCCAGCCCCGAAGCAGCUCCGCAGCGGCGGCGCGUGGACUUUGCCCCCCGGAAGACGCCGGCCGCGGGGGCCCUCCUUUCCCAGGCGGCCCGCCGGCGAUGCCGAUGCCGGCAGCAGCUCCGCCGCACGCUGCCUGAGGGACGCCAUGGCAGGCUUUUGCAGCGUGCCACCCGAAAUCAUCUUCCCGGCCGCCAACGAGACCUUGGAGCUCGCGCUGGGGAGCCAGGUAGCGCUGAACUGCACCGCGCGCUGGACCGCCGACGGGCCGUGUGAGCCCGCGCCGGCCUGGGCCAAGGACGGCCGCUGGCUGGAUGGCGAGAGCAGCCGGGACACCGUCUGGACCGGCCGCAACGCCUCGGAGCGCUUCCUCGCCAGCCUCCUGCACGUCAACCUGAGCCGCGAAGCCGAUUUCGGUGUCUUUGCCUGCUGGUUCGGGAACGCCACGGCCACCUUCACGCUGCGCAGAGAGGAAGCCGCGGGCCACGUGAGCGCGGUGCUGGCGGCCCUGGCGGUGCUGGGGCUCUUGGUGCUUUUGGCCGCGCUCUACGUCAAGUGUCGCCUGAGCGUGCUCCUCUGGUACAGGAACCGCUACGGGGAGCUGGAGAUGAACGAUGGGAAGCUGUACGAUGCCUACGUGUCCCACGCCAACGCUCCCGACGACAGGAAGUUCGUCCACUUCAUCGUGAAGCCGCAGCUGGAGAACCGGCACGGCUACAAGCUCUUCCUGGACGAUAAAACCAUCCUGCCCAACUCAGAGCCUUCGGCGGACCUCAUCAUGAACGUGAGCCGGUGCCGGCGCCUCAUCGUGGUCCUCUCCGUGGCGUAUCUGGAGCAAGACUGGUGCAACAGCAACUUCAGGGAAGGGCUUUGGAGGUUGCUGGAGCUUUCCAAAAAACCCAUCUUCAUCGUCUUCGAGAGCCAGUACCGGGACAUAGCUCACCCGGCCAUCAGCCUCCUGAAGCAGCACAGGAGCGCCGUGACCUUGCUGGUGUGGCGAGCCAGCUCCAUGACCCCGUCGUCGGACUUCUGGAAGGAGCUGUGCCUGGCGCUGCCGCGCAAGGUGGCUUUCGGGGCCACCGUGGGAGACCCGCAGACCCAGCUGCAGGAGGACAAGGACCCCAUGCUCAUCCUGCACAGCAGCUACCUGGAGAGCCGCGGCGACCCGCACCCGGACGGAGACCUGGGUACAGGCCUCCGAGGGUCCCUUUUCCGAGGGCCGCCGCCUCCUCGCAUGAGCGGCGCGCCGGCAGUGCCAGCCGCCGGCGCGCUGGAGGACGUGCAGCUGCGAGACAGCCAGCGGCAGGAGAUAGACGUCUCGGACCUGGGCUCGCGCAACUACGGCGCCCGCACGGACUUCUACUGCCUGGUGACGGAGGACGACAUCUGAGCGGGGCGGCCGCGGGCGGACGGGGGGCUGCCGGCUCCGGGGACGCUGCGAGCGCCGCUCCCAGGCCCCGCCGGAGAAACGCGGCACCUCCCUUCACCGCGCGGAGCCGCUUCCGGAGGAGCCCUCUCCUUUCAACGGGACCAAAAACACGGGCACGGCUUGGGAAGGAGAGAGUGGCGACUAAAGACACUGGCCGUGCCGUGACACCCGUCGGUGCUGGCUUCCCUCCCUCGCUGUGAGCGGCAGGGACAUUUCCCCAGAAAUUGGGCUGGGUGACGCCAGCGGGCCCCUGCUCCGGCGUCUUCAGCGCCGAGCAAGCGGACGGGCCGGAAAACAUCCGAGCGCCUGGCUGGCGGGAGCAGCCCCAGCCGCCGAGGGCAGCAUCGUCCCCUCUCCCUUGGAAACACCCAGUAGCAAUAAAGCUCUGCUGCUCGGA